AACUUCAAUACUGAGAAAUUAAAUAAUUCAGUCUUAAAUGUGUCUUUUUCUACACUAAAUAAUUAGGAGAGUAAUGGGCGUCUUAUGGUUUAGUUAUGAAUCUGAAAGUGAAACAUUGUUGACACUGACUUUAAGUUUUUACGGGUAGUUACCACUUCCAGGAAGUGGUACACUGCGAGGAACUGCCCGAGACUUUAUGAGUAAAAGUUUUUGCAGAUGUACUAAACUUAUAGUAAGUAAUAACAUUACAAACAUAAAAACUUGAAUGAUGUUUGUCGUCGUCAAUAGUGCUUUUAAAGUCUUCUACAGCGACGGGUGGAACUGAGGGAUGAAACGAUCGCAACUCUGUUCUUCUAAGAAACAUUUGAAUGAACUACAUGUCAUAUUUUAAAGAUGAGCCGUAAUUAUAGCGAUAUAUUGUUGUGAUGGCAACUGAGACACCUCACGAUUCAGUCUCUAGAAUUUACUCAGAAUGGUGGCAAAAACAAAAACAUCCAGUGAGUGGCAGUUCUGUGGACGGAAAUGCUUUGUUGAUGAGAGAGGUCAACAGAGAAUGGCCUGACUGGUUCGAACUAACAAAGUCUAUGGUAACUCAGAUAACCACUCUGUACAAUUGUGGUGACAAGAAUAGUAUCUCAGAAUGCUAUUCUGAGAUGCAGGUUGGCACUGUUUUGGCGGCACAAGGGGGGACCUACACAAUAUAAGGCAGGUGGUUUUAAUGUUGUGGCUGAUCGGUGUAUGUGUAUAUAUACACUGCCGGCCAAAAGUUUGGAAUAAUGUAAAGAUUUUACUCUUAUGGAAAGAAAUUGGUACUUUUAUUCACCAAAGUGGCAUUCAACUGAUCACAAUGUAUAGUCAGGACAUGAAUAACGUGAAAAAUUACAAUUUGAAAAAAGUGUUCAGAAGUUCUUAAACUAUUCAAAAAAGUUCUUAUCAAAAACUCCUCCACGUGCAGCAGUGACAACUUUGCAGAUCCUUGGCAUUCUAGCUGUCAGUUUGUCCAGAUACUCAGGUGAUAUUUCACCCCAUGCUUCCUGCAGCACUUGCCAUAGAUGUGUCUGUCUUGUCGGGCACUUCUCACACACCUUACUGUCUAGCUGAUCCCACAAAAGCUCAAUGGGGUUAAGAUCCAUAACACUCUUUUCCAAUUAUCUGUUGUCCAAUGUCUGUGUUUCUUUGUCCACUCUAACUUUUUCUUUUUGUUUUUCUGUUUCAAAAGUGGCUUUUUCUUUGCAAUUCUUCCCAUAAGGCCUGCACCCCUGAGUCUUCUCUUUACUGUUGUACAUGAAACUGGUGUUGAGCAGGUAGAAUUCAAUGAAGCUGUCAGCUGAGGACAUGUGAGGCAUCUAUUUCUCAAACUAGAGACUCUGAUUUACUUAUCCUCUUGUUUUUGGCCUUGAGAUUUGGCCUUCCAAAUCUCUUUCUGUCCUUGUUAGAGCCAGUUGUUCUUUGUCUUUGAAGAUUGUAGUGUACACCUUUGUAUGAAAUCUUCAGUUUUUUGGCAAUUUUAAGCAUUUUGAAUGUCACUUUGGUGAAUUAAAGUACCAAUUCCCUUCCGAAACAGCAAAAUCUGUACAUUAUUCCAAACUUUUGGCCUACAGUGUGUGUGUGUGUGUGUGUGUGUGUAUAUAUAUAUAUAUAUAUAUAUAUACAUUUUAAUUAACAUUUUAAUUGAUAGGAAACUCUCUGAAAACUAGGUUAGUUAGUUGAGUUAGUUUUACAUCUCCUUUGUCCUUACCUAGUUGAUUUUAUUGAAAACAGCCUCAUUUUACUCCCCAUACUCCCCAUUGCUUUGUAACUAUAGGACCAGAGAACAAGCAAACUGUGAAAGCCCAUCUCCUGUCUUCACGCAAGCUCCUGGUGGAUGCCCUGUAUCACCUGGGCCCUCUGCUAGACUGCGUUAUAUCUGUAGGGCUGCUCUCUAGAGACAACUGUUAUGAGAUUGAGGCUGAACGGACACCACCCAACAAAGCCCGAAAACUUCUAGAGAUUGUUGAUGCUCAGAUGGACGAGAGUGAUGCCUCCCGCUUCGUGGAGUGCCUGAGCAAAUGCAAAAAACAUUACCCACGUCUGAGAUGCUGGUUAUCUGCAGAGGAAGAACGAUUCCAUUCUGCAGAUAUUCAGCAAGGACCAACAGAACGCCAUCUACAGUCCCGGUUUAGCGUUCUGUGCUCACGCUUGGGCUGUUCUGUUCUGCCGGUCUCUUUGGAUCUCUUCUCCAGUGGCAUUCUCACUCAGUUGGAACUGGAGAACGUUCAGUCAGUUCUUACCCCAACCCAGCAAGCACAAACCUUGCUGUCCAUCUGCCUGAAGAAGGGAGAGAAAGCAUGCAAGAGCUUUUACUUAGCCCUUCAGAAUGAGGACCAGCAGUUAGCUGAGGAACUUAAUGUUAAUAGUUUGGUGGAAGACCCCUCAUGUCCAUCCCUUAAUAAAGAUCUUGAGGGAAGCAGUGUACAGAUAACUGUGGAGGAAACGAGAGGCCACUUGAGAACAGCUUUACCUCUCUCAGGAGGUCUGCAGCAGGUCAUGGCUCAGCUGGGUUUGACUGUUGGGGAUGAGAUCAGAUUUAAUGUCUGUGAGAUGGGUGUGGCAAUGGGUUUGCCUCGUCGGACGGUCAGAGAAUACCUUCUAGAAGGGGUCAGCAUAGAGGACUCAGCACAGCUGGAGGCUCUAGUGUCCCUGUAUAUGGAGAAGACGCAGGACGUAGAAAGACUACUGAGCAGAGUGACAGGACUCAGUCCUCAGUGGGUUCAGCUUUCUGAGAGGGGGUGUCUGCUGUUGAGGUUGCUCCAAAAGGCUGAGUCUCUGCUCCGUAGUGGAAUCCACAGUCACCUGCACAGCUGGGAUCACCUGCACGAUCAGGACCACUUAUGCAGCUGGGACCACCUACAUCCUGGAGAAUGCACAGACCAGCGCACUGUGUGGACCAUCUUCAGUUUCCUGGUGUGGGACUGCAUGGCCGAGGUUCUUGAGGAACCAGAGGCAAAACCUAGUGGAGGUAUACUCGGUAUGAUCGAGCAGCUGAGUGCCAGUGGAAGGGUGGAGGCCGCUUUGCUGCAAGAGGUGGAGCAGUGUUGGACAGAAGGGGAUGCUGAGAGUCUUCUGCAGAGUGUGAGAGUCUUCGCUCAGGUGCUAAGGGACCUACAUCCCCUCCAGGAGGGCCUCCAGCUUUCUUCUUCUGUGGAGGGUCUGUUCUCCUGCCGCCCCAGCAGGCUACACAGGGUCACCUCCUUCCAGGGUGUUUCUGCUCGGGUCAUCCGUAAAGCUCUGAGCAGCAUGGCUCCAUCCUCCUCAGACCAGGACGCAACCCUCCUUGCUAGACAAUAUAGGGAGACGUGUGUUCGCAUUGCAUGUUUGCUGGAUGUGGUGCAGCCAAAACGAAGCACCCCAGACUUUUCAAAUGCACCCAUUGCUACGGUCACUCAGCAUGUGCAAUUUGUCUUAUCAAAUCCUGCUUUCAACUCAGAGGCCUUUGACGCAGGUGUUCGGCACCGCUUGCUGUCCAUUUUGGAGUUCAAUCCUGCAGAGCUGGGCUUGGAUUGUCUCAUGCAGCUGCACCAGGAGACUCUGUCUGAGUUGCAGAGCUACUUACAACUUGGCGAGCACCACAACUUCCAGUUCAUUCUUGAAUCGGUGCGGAUACUCGGGCCCGCAAAGCUGUUCUCAGUCAGCAGGGUACAUGGGCCCAUCGCUAUCGACAAUGGAGUGGAGGAGGUCCUUCGUUUUAUUACAUCAGAGCCCACUUCCUUCCUCAUUCAGUUGCAUUGCCUUUGCUAUGAGGAGGAUAGAGGGCGCUAUAAGGUGUGUGCACCACGCUGUGUGUGUAUGUAUCUGCUCAAAGCAGAGGGGCUGCGUGAGAUGCAGUGGUUUGGUGGGAAUGUUUUAGCCGAGGCAGGUGGGAAGGUGUGGAUCAGAGAGGGAGACAAAGAUGGGUGGGAGGAGCUACAGUCAUUGGCUCAGAAAAACUCUGCUCAGCUCAGGGACGAAGGCUGCUGCUUCAAGGUUAAGACAUCUGGCUUGGAGUGUGAGGUCAAAUUCAUAUACAGGAGUGGGAAGCUGUGGGCUGUGCCACAUAGAGACUGUGAAGUGGAUUAAAAGUUUUUAAAAGGCUUUAACACAAGCCUUGUUGGGCAUCAACAACCCACCAAAUCAACUUUUCUCAUUGCGCAUUUACAUGCACAUUAAAAAAAAUCAGACAAAGAGAGAAAACCGAGUUUACAUGAGACUUGAAGUCAUCGGGUUAUUCUUUACUAUUGAUGUCAAAAAGGACACACGCACACACAUAUGAUUAGUCGUUAGAGUGGCGGUAGAGCAGGGUUCCCACUUGUCCUGGAAAACCUGGAAUUUUGCAAUACAGUUUUCUAGUGACAGAAAAGUCAUGGAAAACUAUAAAAAUUUCCUGGAAAAUACUUAUUUGUCCUGGAAAAUAUUUUAGUGAAAGAAUCCCUGUCACAUACAUUCUCUGCUCAUCUGCAGUCAUUUGUUUUCUUUCCAAAAUUGCUGUUGUGUUAACCACAAAAACAUUUGAGUUAUAAGCUUUAGACAACUACGGUCAGACCACAGAUUUUUUUUGAAAAUGAAUUCACGCCCUAAGUUGGUUGCAUGGUGGUUCAGCCUUAAUACUUCGGGAUGUAAAUACAUUUUUUAUAAUUCAGUGAUCAGAGUCUGCUUAUACUACGGUUACCACAUGUAGUAUGUGGAAAAUAUGGACAGAAUCUAGUCGAAAAAUGGCAUUAGAUAUAAAACGCAGAAUGUCAUGGAAUAUGACAUAUUUGGAUGCAAAUGAAUGUUAGAAUGCAGAAGUAAUUGAAUUAAAAUUGCAUUAUGUCCUAGUGUGAUGAUUAAAAUGCAAAAGUAUGUGAUUUAAUUAAAUAUAUAAUCUGCAAGUGAUGCACGCUUCAAAACGAAUGUGUGAAGCCAGCCGCUCAUACACUGAAAACACCACAUCAUGAUCAUUGCAAUCUUGUGUGUGUGAGAUGACAGAGAGCAGAGCACACUGAAGUGCACAGCACAUACAGACUAUGUAUUUACAAAAUAAUAAUCCCCAUGACGUGACUACGUUCACCUUUAUGCGCUACAUGGACGCUUGGCAGAUUUGGUUGGAUUUUUCAAAUUUACGGAAGAAAAGUUUGGAGCAAUGUCUUACACAGCCAGUUAUACUUUAUGUACUUUUUAAUUAUGAACCGAUCCAAAAUCAUGCUUUAUUAAUAGGUAUGUGCAUGGCGCCUGUAUUCAAAUUCAAAAUCGCUUAUUAUUCUGCACGUGUUUAGAGGUCUUCAACCUGAACGGAGUCCGACGGUACCCGACAAACCUUCAGGUUUUGGGCCAGGUUCGGGUCAGUUUUUCCAAGUAGGCUAUAGGGCGAGUUACGAGCUGUUUACACGUCCGUCUGCGCUGUCUUUGAUCGUUGUGCCACCCACAACUAUUUUUUCAGGGAACCACGCAGGACCAUUGCAUUUUUUUUAGACACUGUUAAGUUUAAAAGAACUUUAUAUUUAUAAACGCAUCAAGACACCUGUGUUCUGUUUCACCAUUUGUUGUGCUGCAUCAAGCUUUUUCAGCGCUGGUGUGACAAAUCGACAUUCUGAUGAAGUUCAGGUUGCAAAGAGGACUUAAUGUGACUGUUAUACAUGAUUCUAAAUUGUUUUUCACUUGGCUAAGUUUCAGCACUUGAUAAAAGGUGAGCCAAUGUUUUUUUCCCCCUUUUGCUCUGGUGUGCCAACAAUAAUUACACAAGUUAAAUGCUGAAUCACUUAAAAAUCAAAGCAUCCCGAAGAGGUUUAUAAACCGUAGCGUUCGCUGCCUCAUGGAAAGUGAAUCUGCCCGGGCAGAACAUUUUCCAUUGAUUAAGAAUACACUGUCAGAAAAAAUUAGCAAAAAUCGUACCUUUAGGGGUACAACAGCUCGUCACUGGGGCAGUACCCUCAAAGGUACACCCACUGUAUCUUCUUUACACCUUAAGGUACUAAUAUGUAUCCUUUAGGGACAGAUAAGACUCUUAGGGUACUAAUAUAUACCCUUUCAAGACAGUUAAUGUACAAAUACGUUCCGAUUAACAUAUAAAGGGUACAGUGGAUGUACGUUUUAGGGUACUGUCCCAGUGACGAGCUGUUGUACCACUAAAGGUAAUAUUUUUGCAAUUGUUUCUGCCUUCAACAAAGUAGGCCUACACUGUCAGUGACAUGUUUAUUUUUGUUCAACUUUAAUGUGAUUUUAUCAUUUGAUGAUCUAUAUAUUGUGCUAUUUAGGCUCAUAGCUCACUGUGCACUUUAUUCCCUGCUAAUCUGAGUUUGUGUUUGGCAAUAAACAUUCUUUAUUCCCGAGUACCGACUCCCGACAAAUAACAGAAUAACCGUUCGUGAACUCUCAUGGUUAACCAAACAGCCUAUUACAAAAGGUUACCGUGCACAUAUUUAGGGUAUUCAGGCAUCUUUUGCUUUAUCAUUAAACAUUAAAUGCAUGCAGGACUUAAACAUUUUAAAGUCAUCCAUACUGUUGCACGAAUUCUGUUGCUUAUAUGAAUUUAAACCAUCAGCUUUGUACACAGCCAGGGUAAACUGCACCUUAUCUUUGUGUUUGGAAGCGUUUUGUAAAUCAGACACUGUUCUCUGCAAUCCUUCAAAUAAACGCGCUUCACCUGUGAGACGCAGAUUCUUUGAGCACGCGUUCGAGUGUCUGUGCUUGCACUGCUGUAGUCCAGCACGCAUUCUGCUGAACAAAUGGUAUCUUACAUAAGGCUGACAUUUAAGUGGAUUACUAAUAGAUAUCUCAAAAUAAUUAAAUAAAUGAUUUAGAGCUCGGGGCCCUUUAGGUUUAGAGGCCCCUGGGCAAUGGCCCGAUCGGCCCGGUGGUUAAUCCGUCCCUGUCUGGAGGUGAGAAACCACCGUCAAAAAUACACAAAACGCCAAAAUAAAAGCUCAAUAUAAAUGAUUGCAUGUGUUUUUGCUUAAAUAUUUCACUUGUUGGGCACAUUAAAAUGUCCUCGUAAAUUGUGCCUAGAAAAGAGUGGGAACCCUGUAAAGGUGUUUACAUGCAGAGUGAAAUUAGGGGUAAUGGGCCAAAAAAAAAAAAACCUACAUCUAUAUUCAAAACAUUUAUGACUUUACACAGAUAAAAGAAAGCCGGUUACUGUGUUUACAUGACCUUUUACGUAGUCAGCUUUUUAGAAUAAUUGUUAUAAGAUUGUGCAUGUAAAUGCUCAUCAGUGGGUCAUUUAAUGUGGUGCUAUGUUACUAAUAAAUAAUGAUCAAUAAUCCUUUAGGAAUAUUUUACUCAAUGCUGAUUCAUUUCCACAGUAGUAUUACGACUUGAAAGAUGUGUGAAAUUUGAACAAA